UCUACCUCAUGGCGGAGGUCUCAAUAAUCUAAAAGCAGCCAGCUUGUUUCACCCCACAUUGUUCCUGUCGAUAAGAUGGAUGUAAACCGUUAGAGUCUGUUUCGCCCCACGGCAAGUCACUGAAUAACCGUCGUUUAUUUCAGGUACCCAGCCAUUAAACUUGACGUUUAUGUUCCUGACGGCAAAAAAUACGCGCUAAAAGCAUUUUCUAAUACCGCUGAUCAAUAAGAGUCUGCGGUCACACGGUACAGAGUGGCACUGUACGUAUCAAAACAUCGGGCAUCAUUUCUAGUGCUUCCGUCGUAGUAAAUCCUCCCCCAGCGCACGGAGUUCCACAGCCAUGGAGGCGGCAGGCGGUGUGGUCUGUCCCGGCAGGCGGGUUCGGCGCUGGUACGCCAGCCGCUCCGUCCGCCAUUUUGCGACUUUCGGUGUCCUUCUAACUCUGUUGGUGGGGCUACAGCUUCGAUUCUUCAAGAAGUCUAACCCCCGAGAGUUCAACCAUGCCAAGACGCGCGGAGAUGGUGAGUUCGUACAGGUUCUACGAGAUGCGCCAGAUCUCAAGUGCAAAGUCAGGUACCCUCUGCAUGUCUCCGUCAUGACGUCACGCGGAAGAAUGCCCACCUUUGCGGCAGCUGCGCACAGCACCUGGGCCAGGGGGAGCGAGCAGGCAUUUGUGGAAUUCUUCCUUCCCAAAACAGCCGAACUAACGACAAACGACAAGCGGCCUGGGCUGCCUGCAGUCGUUUUGAGUGAUGAGUCCACACUUGUAGAUGUGCCGAUACUGCGCUACUUGUGUAAAUGGCGGGAAGACGACUUUGACUGGUUCCUAGUGACAGAUGACCAGGCUUACGUUCGGCUGGAUUCUGUCGUAGAUUUCCUCAGACAAAUGGACAAGACGGAAGCGAUCAUAGUGAGCCGACAGGGCGAGGCGUUCGUCACAGACCUGACGUGGGAGCGGUGUGGGGUGGGGGACGCCGAGGAUGUGCCGCUGACGUCACUCAUGGAGGCCAGCGUCACCGUGUACAGCGGGCCUGCCGUCAGAGGUAUCUGCUCUGCUGUGGAAGGGUGCCUGUAUGACUUGAACAAUGGCCCAUUGUACCUGACGGAGUGCCUGUCCCGAUACACCGUUACCAUCUGUCAGGAUGAGAAGGAACAGUACGUCAACCUGUUCUACGAAGACACGCCUCCAACAUCCGGUCCAACCAACGUCACAUCCGGUCCAACAACGCCGACAUCACGAUACGUCAAUCUACUGAAGGACCAUGACGUCACGAAGGCGCUGACGCUUUCUCCGAUGCGAUCUCCAGAAGACAUCUACAGGCUCCAUCAACACUUUCAACGAGUGGAUUUCUAACAUUGGAACUCUAGUCUGAAAAGAUUUUAACACUUACUUUAACUUCGUCUAACUAGACUAAAGCCUACCGAGUUGCAACUACUUUGUCAUAUGCGAAAAGUAACAGAAUGUCCGCUAUACCAACCCAAAAUGUUCUUAUAUACAAUUUGUAAUUAAUUUGAAGCGCCGCAGAUCUGGUAUUUGUAAACUGUACCCUGUGGCUACCUGUAUUGAACAUAAGCCUGGAUGCAAGACCCCGACCCGAUCUCUAUAAUAUCUAUAGUGCAGGGUCUAACUCAAGGGGUCUGCUGUAGAAUCUCCUUCGGGGCAUGUUGGCCCUAGAGCCGAGGAGUUUGGCUUUAUAGGCCCUGGAAACAGGCUGGGGGAACAUUUACUACCAGUAGCUGACGUCAGGUAAUAUCUGAUGAGAUUUCCCUCAGGCUUGAACCGACAUCCUCCGGAUUUUUCCAGUUCCUUCUGAAACGGACUAGUUUGAGCACAUCUGACGUCAGCUGACGCCACGAAUAACGGAAAUCCUUACAUCUUACGCACGCAACGGCAGUAGGCAUCACUUCAAUAUACGAGAACUCGAAAGCACCUGUCAAAUAGAUGACAACAUGAAUGUAACAUUUGUCGGCGUUGUCAGAAGUGCCAGCCUACAUGACGCCCACUUACCUGCACGGUCUUUUUGACAACAUGUGCUUCAUA